GUACCGGUAUGUUUAGACAGCACUGCUGGCCGACGCGAUUGAAGCUCUGGCAGUCGCUCUUUCGUUGCGUAUCUUUUCUCGGCAGGUUGACAACCAUGCAUCGGAACUGCAGCUGCAGGCUGGCCUCAUCGGAUGACACCACCACCAACUCAACCUCGCCUCGACCAGGAGUUGAAUCAAUCCAAUGAUCAUUGUCUGAUAAGAUCACUACCACCGCAAUGAAUUAUCUUUCCUUCAUCGCUCUCCUCUUUUCUGUCAGAUCGCUCCUUGUGGCGAGCUUUCACGUGUUACCUUUCCCAUCGGGAAGACAUUGCCGAUUAUCAGGCACAGCCGUGUCGCAGCCAGAGGUGUUCUCCCGGCAAGUUGUUCUUUUGGGGGCUGGGUUCGGAGGCGACUCGUCGAAGAAAAAGAAAGAAAAAAAGAUCAAGCCCAAGGCGCAGUGGGAUAGAUACUCUGGUGACCUAAAAAAAGAAAAGCCGUUUCGAGUUGCAGUGAAGGCCGAGGGCAAGAAAAGCGAUGAAUGGUUGGAGGUUGGCAAUGUAAAGAGCAAGGCCGAUGAAUACACAAUGGCUGCUGUCGCUCGGCAACGUGCGCUUAUUGCUGAGCACGCUCGUCGCUUGUUUCCACUUCAAGUUUCUACUAAAGAUAAGAUCGAAUGGGCCUAUUGGGACGCUGAAGGACAAGAUUGGAUCAUAGUUGACAAAUCUGUUCUGGAAGGAGAUAUACCCGAUGGUCUUGAAAAACUGAUUGGAUUUGAAGGUAGACCAGAUCCGGCCACCGGAUACUACUGUUAUUACAAUGAAGGAAAGCUUGUCAACAGUGAAGAUGAUCUCAAGAGGAGCUCAUCGAAGAAGUUGAAGUAGAUUCGUCGUCAUCUAUGCUACCUGGUGCUGCUUUUUUAGUUCUGGACAUUGCAAGAAGGAGAGCCAGAAUUGAAUAUCCAGACGGCUUCAUAUUCCCAUCCACGAUCCUCCCCUGCUGUCUUCCUCCAACGCGGAGCAACAUUCAUUCAAACUGGAUUAGCGAACGGUUAAGCCGGCCUCAAGAUUGCAAGUGGACAAUAGUGCUAUAGGAUCAUAGCAAAAAGUGACCGAACUAACUGUAGCGCACCAAGCUCCGCCGAAAAAUGUAUCUCGAUCUAUAGCGGCGU